AUGAACAGGUCGCCCCACUCGUCGGGUCUGCUCCCAAUGCCCGGCUCGACAUCGGCCAGCUGGGCCGUCUACCGGUCCCGGCUUGUGUCGGUAUUCCGGGGCGUCGAUUCUUCGGUUUUGAUUGCCUUUUGGCUGUUUGGCCUGAUCAACAAUGUCCUCUACGUCAUCAUCCUCUCGGCCGCCCAAGACCUCGUCGGCACCAACGUGCCCAAGGGCGUCGUGCUCCUCGCCGACGUCCUCCCCUCCUUCCUGACCAAACUGGUCGCGCCCUACUUCAUCCACCGGAUACCAUACUACGCGCGGAUCCUCAUCUUCGUCGCGCUGUCGUCGUCGGGGAUGCUGCUGGUGGCGCUGACGCCGGCGGAGAGGGGCGUGGCGGCGCGGCUGGUCGGCGUGGUGCUGGCCAGCCUCAGCAGCGGCGGCGGCGAGCUCUCGUUCCUCGGGCUGACGCACUACUACGGCCCCAUGAGCCUGGCCGCGUGGGGCAGCGGCACCGGCGGCGCGGGUCUGGCCGGCGCGGGCCUGUACGUGGCCAUGACGCAGUGGUUCGGGCUCACGGUCAAGACGAGCCUGCUGGCGUCGGCGCUGCUGCCGGGCGUCAUGGUCGUCAGCUUCUUUGUGAUAUUGCCGCGCGCGCCGCUCAAGGAAGGCCAGGCGGCGGGCGUCAAGGCCUACAGUGCGCUGCCGGACCGGGAUCUCGAGGAUGAGGAUGUGGAGGGUAUGUCUGCGGGGGAUGCCUCGGCGAGCUUGCUGGCUCCGGGCCCGCCGGGCGUUGCUUCGACGGCGCUGCAUGCGGUCGACGCCGAGGGUGGAGGUCACGGUGCGGCGGCGGCCCGGGGCGCAGCGGCGAAGCCUACGCUCGCUCGAAAUCUCCACAGGGCCAAGAGUCUGUUCAUACCCUACAUGCUGCCGCUGCUGCUCGUCUACGUGGCCGAGUACACCAUCAACCAGGGUGUGUCGCCCACGCUGCUCUUCCCGCUGGAGCAGUCGCCCUUUACCGAGUUCCGGUCCUUUUACCCCUUUUACGGCUUCCUGUACCAGCUGGGCGUCUUCGUGUCGCGCUCCUCGACGCCCUUUUACCGCGUCCACAACCUCUACCUGCCGUCGCUCCUGCAGGUGGCCAACCUGGUGCUGCUGACCCUGCACGCCGUGCUCGACUUCAUCCCGUCCGUCUACCUGGUGUUUGCCGUCGUCUUUUGGGAGGGCCUGCUGGGCGGCGCGGUCUACGUCAACACGUUUGCCGAGAUCAUGGAGAACGUGCCCGCCGCGGACCGCGAGUUCAGCCUCGGCGCCACUUCGGUCAGCGACAGCGGCGGCAUAUGCCUGGCGAGCCUGAUCGGCAUGGUCUUGGAGGUGUCGCUCUGUGAUUAUCAGGUCAGGAACGGGAGGGAUUGGUGCAGGCGGAUCGAGGCGAGUUGA